CCGGGCGGGGCGCGGGGCGGACCGGGAAGCGGCGGCCGCUCUGCCCCCGCCCGCUCUGCCCUUCCGCCUUGGCGCGGCGCUGCCCAGUAUAAAGCGGCGGCGGCCCGUCCCGCUCCGGCCCCAUGGAGACACGGCGGCGGCCCGGCGGCGGCAGCCCGGUCCGGGGCGUGAGCGGAGCCCGGGAGUCCCCCGCGGGCAGCCAUGAGCGUCUCCGCCGUCCCGGGCUGGCCUGAGGCGCUCCCGGCCGCCCGCCCGCCGACGUCCCGGCUCGGAGAGAGGAUGAGCGGCAGGGAGCCGAGCGAGAGCCGCGGCCCCGGCGCGGAGCCGGCCCGGGAGGCGGGGAGCCCCGGGCGGGAGCCCUGCGACAGCGCCGAGAUGCAGCUGAAGGUGGAUUUCUUCCGCAAGCUGGGCUACUCCUCGGAGGAGAUCCACGUCGUGCUGCAGAAGCUGGGCCUGAACGCCGACACCAACACGGUGCUGGGGGAGCUGGUGAAGCACGGCCCGGCCGAGCGGGACGGCACCGAGGCCUCGCCCGAGGCCCCGGAGGCCCCGCUGGUGCCGCGGGGGGGAGCGGCCAACAAGCCCCCGGCCCCCGCGCCGGCCCCGGAGGAGCCGGAGAGCGAGAACCUGCGGCCCAUCGUUAUCGACGGCAGCAACGUGGCCAUGAGCCAUGGAAAUAAAGAAGUGUUCUCCUGCCGAGGAAUCCUUCUGGCUGUCCAGUGGUUUUGGGACAGGGGACACAAGGACAUCACGGUCUUUGUGCCGUCUUGGAGGAAGGAGCAGCCACGGCCAGAUGUACUUAUAACAGACCAGUACAUUCUCCGUGACCUUGAAAAGAAGAAAAUUCUGGUCUUCACUCCUUCCAGGCGGGUUGGAGGCAAGCGCGUCGUCUGCUACGAUGAUCGGUUCAUUGUGAAACUGGCACACGAGUCUGAUGGCAUUGUGGUUUCUAACGAUACUUAUCGGGACCUGCAGAAUGAGCGUCCUGAGUGGAAGAAAUUCAUUGAGGAGCGGCUGCUGAUGUAUUCCUUUGUUAACGACAAGUUUAUGCCUCCAGAUGAUCCUUUAGGGAGACACGGCCCCAGCCUGGAUAAUUUCCUCAGAAAGAAACCUGUGGUGCCAGAACACAAGAAACAGCAGUGUCCGUAUGGGAAGAAAUGCACUUAUGGAAUUAAGUGUAAAUUCUACCACCCUGAAAGGAUCAAUCAGCCCCAGCGCUCGUUAGCUGAUGAACUCCGAGCCAAUGCAAGGUUGUCUCCUACCAGAAGCACCAGUGCAAAGGAGGAGAAAAAGGGCAAAAGAGGUUCCCAGGCAGAGCUCUUGUGCUCCGUGCCCACAGAGAGUGAGAAGAGCUCUUUGCAGAAGGUCUCUGCAGAGAGGAAGAGCUUGGCCCACAAAGCAAAGCCCAGCGAUGUUCCGCUUCAGGUCAAGGGCUGCGUGUCAGGCAGCGUCCCUCCUAACAGCGGGAGCCACCGGCCCUCUGACAGCUACCAGCAGCCCCACAUGGACUCUCUGUCUUACAUCUCUCAGGAGCACCUCGACUCGGGCAUUGGGUCUUUGGAGAACCAACUGUCCGACAUGUGGCCUUACAGAUGUGCCAGUCACUGUGAUCACUCGCGUGCCGAUCCGGUGGCAGUCUGCACCUGCGGGAGACAGAGACCCAUCUACCCGCAUUCUCCCAGCUUAGAGCAAAACGGUCUGGUGUCUUACAAGCACGGUUCCCAUAAAUCUUCCUCUGGUGCUAGCUUCUUGCAGUAUAGCCCUGAGCUGUCUCACUCAGGACCACCUCACUCUUUCUCAGGCUAUGGGGUGCCUGUCCACCCCGCUAACGCUGGGCAGUACAGUCUGCCCAGUGAGUACAAUGCCCCCCUGCCCCAUUCUCGGGAGUUCUGGUCUGAGCCGUACCCGAUGCCGCCUCCGCAGGUGAGAUCUCCCAGCGUGCGAGAUCCGCGCUCGGUGCCGCGAGCCCCGGGGCCGGCGUAUGGGGACUCCUGCCAGUGGGCUGUCUCUGACCAGUUUGCGGAGGAGCGUGCCAACGUGCACGUCAAGCUCUGUGGCAUAUUCCAUCCCCACCUGGUCGAUGCUGUCAUGAGCCGUUUCCCCCGACUCCUGGAUCCCCAGAGGCUGGCUGCAGAGAUCCUGACCUACAAGUCUCAGAACCCCGGUAUCUGAGGCAGCUGCUGAGGGCAGCUGUGCAUGUGACAAGCUUUAGGGACAGUGUUUGCACCUGUAGCUGCCACAGAUGCCUUCUGAGGGUCCUACUUAUUCCUUGGAAGCAGCAGAUGGCAGCUGCAGGCUGGAUCGCAGGUGUGCUGUGCUCACAGCCAGCUCUGGUCUGGAUGUGACCGUGCGCCCUCAGGUCCCAUUGCUCCCCGAGAGCGCUGGGGAGGCUCUGGGUGCUGGACAGGGGAGGCUGCAGCUUCAGAGGGGGUUGUUCUUUGGGACUUGUGUGCUGAGUCAGACACACCUGAAAUCCUGCAGUCACUCACUGAAUGUGCCCCUACUCCUCCCAUUAGCUUGGUUUGGAGAUGGUUUGGUGUAGUACCGGGCUCAGCAGGCUCGUGGAAGAUAAGGGGCUUCUGCCUUUGCAGCGCUGUGAGGCUUGUUUGUGAAGACCCAAAUGCAUUGUUAAGGCCCCUUAGCUCUUAACCGAGCCUCUUUACUAAAUCCUGCCAUGCAAAUCUGUGGAAAAUGUUGGGUUGUAAAUCUAGUAUGAAGCCAGGUUUAGCAGCCUUCGAUUUGGUUUUAUUGGCGCACUUCUUUAACGACGCUUUCCACACCCCUCCCGCUGAAGCUCACCUUCCCGAGACAAGACCGCUCGUGUACCCGAGUGCUCCGCAGCAAGAGGAGUCCUGAUCCUGAUCUGCGACUGCCAUCCUCCUCAGCACGGGGGGCCCGGAGCUGCACGCGCGUUGUGUGCUCGCUGUUUGAAGAACGCGGCUGUCAGACCCGCGGUGACCGCGCUGCCGCUGCUCCACAACAGCGACCGUGGCUGGUAACCUGGCUCGGGCUGUCUCUGUGCGGCAGGAUUUAUGAUGUUGUGCCUUUUGUCUUCAGACAGCAAUAGUUUUGAGCACUCAGUAAAACGGCUGGGCUGCUGCCAGUACUGUUCCUGACCAUUCCUUAAUAUUUUUCUCUGUAAAGCUGUUGCUUCACCUUCCUCCUCACUCAUGUUUUCCUGUCCCCUUCAGCCUUGUCAAACCACAGCAGCAGCCAAAAAUGUAGAAUAAGACUUAUUUGAUAAGACUGUUUCCGCUUCCUUCCCUUUUACUGUAAGGUGUUUUUUUUUUACUGUAGAUACUGUAACAGAUUUUAAAUAUGCAAAACCAAUUGCUGUAGUAAUUGGUUCUGGUCCUGGAGUUUCACUGUGCUUAGAAGGCAAAGAUGUUUCUUGCACUUGCAGGCCAGAAGCAGUUGAUUUGUUGAUACACAUUGUAUCUGCGUGUUUGGUUAUGUUUUUAAAUACGUCCAUCUGGUGGUUAAAGCGAGGUCGGCGAGCAGCAAAUCGCAAAGGGGAGAGUGGAACACGGCGCUUGGAGAACCCUCUGGGAAGGGUUUUGUCUGUCACUCUUGUCCCCUGUGACGUCCAAGCGGGACCUGCCCAGACUGGCACCAUGUGCCAUAAAACCACAGGGACACAGAAACCUGUAUACCUGGUUAAUUAUGAUACAUUACAAAUUAGUAAUGUUUCAUGUUAGUAAGCAAAAUGCUUCUUAAUUUUAAGUAACCUGAUACUUUGCAUAUUUGUAAAUUACAGGAAAAAACGGUUUUUAAUGUUAUUAUCCAGCGACGUGCUGCUUGAUGCUGUUUUUAAUUAGUACUAUUCUUGACUCAGCCAUUGUGUUACUUGGUGUGGUGUUUUAUUUUCUGGUAGAAUGCUGAUAUAUGCUGCUUCUCUUGCAAUCAGAAGAUUAACAUUUUAUACUCACAAGCUGACGUUUUGAUGAACUUUCUGUAUCAUUCUGCAGUAUAUAGUUUAUGUACUGAAUGGAGGCAGCCGUGCGGAAGCCAUGGCCAAGAAAGACCUUGUGUUAUAGAAAUAAAAACUGCUGAGUUGAA